AUGGAUCAAAGAACUGUCGGUAUUUUAGGCGGUGGCCAAUUGGGCCGUAUGAUUGUUGAAGCUGCUCAUAGACUGAAUGUGAAAACUAUCAUUUUGGAUGCAGAAAACUCUCCGGCAAAGCAGAUUAAUGCUUUGAGCGAACAUGUCAAUGGUUCCUUUGCCAAACCGGAAGAUAUCAAGAAAAUUGCAUCUCUUUGUGAUGUCUUAACUGUUGAAAUCGAACACGUCGAUGUUCCAACUUUGAAAAGGGUUCAACAGGAUCACCCUAACUUGAAGAUCUAUCCCGACCCAGAGACGAUCGCUUUGAUUCAAGAUAAAUUUGUUCAAAAGCAAUAUUUGAUUCAGAAUAAGAUCAGUGUGGCAAAGUCCGUUGCUGUUAACAGCGAUGAAGAAUCGUUGGCUAAAGUUGGUUUUGAAUUUGGUUACCCAUUCAUGCUUAAAUCAAGAACUUUAGCCUACGAUGGCAGAGGGAACUUUGUCGUGAAAUCCAAGGAGUCUCUUUCCGAAGCACUUGAGGUAUUGAAAGAUCGUCCCUUGUAUGCCGAGAAAUGGGCUCCAUUCGUCAAAGAGUUGGCUGUAAUGGUCGUGAGAUCUCCAGAAGGUAAAGUGUUUUCUUACACUACUGUUGAAACUAUUCAUCAGGAUAAUAUUUGCCAUUUGUGCUAUGCUCCAGCUAGAGUCCCAGAUUCCGUCCAAUUGAAAGCUAAGCUCUUGGCAGAACAUGCUAUUGCAGCAUUCCCAGGCGCUGGUAUCUUUGGUGUGGAGAUGUUCUAUUUAGAAGACGGGGAAUUACUCAUAAAUGAAAUUGCUCCAAGACCUCACAACUCUGGCCAUUAUACAAUUGACGCAUGUGUUACCUCUCAAUUCGAAGCUCACAUAAGGUCAAUCUUAAACCUACCGUUACCUGAAGGGUUCAGUGCCUUGUCUACCACAAACACCAACGCUAUCAUGUUAAACGUCUUGGGUGAUCAUGCUGAAAAGAAUAAAGAACUACAAAUCUGUGAAAGAGCACUAUCUACACCUGGUGCCUCUGUAUAUCUUUACGGUAAAGAAUCAAGACCGCAGAGAAAGAUGGGUCACAUUAAUAUCAUUGGAUCUUCAAUGAGCGAAUGCGAACGUAAACUAAAAUAUAUCAUGUAUGCCGAUGCUGCUUACGAACAUAUCGCCACCAGGGAAUUCACUCUACCCGGCGCGUCUAUGAGACCAUUGAUCAGUAUUAUUAUGGGAUCAGACUCUGAUCUACCGGUUAUGUCCAAGGCCUGCGAUAUCUUGAAUGAUUUUAAUAUUCAAUAUGAAGUGACCAUCGUCUCUGCUCAUAGAACUCCACACAGAAUGUCUAAGUUUGCUAUCGAAGCUGCUAACCGUGGUAUCAAAGCCAUCAUUGCCGGUGCUGGUGGUGCAGCCCACUUACCAGGCAUGGUGGCUGCUAUGACUCCGUUGCCAGUCAUCGGUGUUCCAGUAAAGGGCUCCACCCUAGACGGUGUCGAUUCUCUACAUUCCAUUGUACAAAUGCCAAGAGGUGUACCCGUGGCCACAGUUGCAAUUAACAAUAGUACAAAUGCUGCUUUGUUAGCAAUCAGAAUUUUGGGUGCGUAUGAUCCAGUAUACUUCUCUAAGAUGCAACAAUUCUUACAAAAACAAGAAGAAGAGGUGUUAACGAAAGCUGCCAAAUUAGAAACUAUCGGAUAUCAAGAAUACUUGAAAAAAUAG